GCAACAUGGUUCCACUUUAAUACAGCCAUACUUCUCUUUACUUAAGUUGUUACUGAUGGUUUGUUGCGUGUUUGAAGUGUAUCUGCGGCUCUAGCAGUUCUAAAAAUGCUCAUUAAUUGAAGCUGUGCUCCGUCAUGGCUAAAAUGGAGGCUUUGCGGAUGCUGGUCACAGAGAGACUGACGGAAGCUGCGGAGGAGAUAACCGAGAGGCUGCUGCACACUCCAGAAAUGUCACCUGAACAGCAGGGGGCAGUCAUACGUAAGCGCCUGUCGGUGUUGGCUGAUGAGAUAUUUCGGAUCCUUGAGAUAAUGAUCGGUGGAUGUGAGGCAGAGGCCUCCCGUUGUCUUCGGGAGAGUGAACAUCAAUGCAAACAGCUAAACAUCACAUUAGAAAAUGAGACACAUUCACACCAAACAGAUAAACUGCUGCUCUUUGGGUCCAGCUGUGAAAAGAACAUUUCAUCCGAGCACCAGAAAUAUGAUCAGAGAAGGAGCUUUAGUCCACCUCUGAAAGAUCCAGAUCCACCUCAGAUUAAAGACCUGCAUACACAGACAGACUCUGAGUUUAUCAGCAGUAAGCCUUCACAGUUUCGGCAAACACAACGAGCAGCAGAGGGCACCUCAGCAACGAUGGAAACAGACAAGGAAGGAGAGCACUCAGGUGUGCCAGCUGCUGACCUCAAGGUACUGUCAGCAAAAAAUCCAAAAGCUGGGAGUGAAAGUAAAGAUGUGAAUGAGGAACAGCUUAAAUCAAACAAAAGAACACUUCGGGCAGGAAGUCAUGGUACAGAUGUUUACAAAAUGAGGGGAAGAUCUCAUCACAAAUGUGCAGCUGGGAAGAAGAUGAAAAAUCAUCUUGAAAGAACAACUACGACAAACAAAAGCCAAAAUACUGGAAACAGUUGUUGCAGAGUUUGUGGGAAGUUUUUCCGGUACAGACGCUCUUUUCUGAAACAUGCACUGAGGCAUGAAAAGAGUGCAGAUUUGUGCGGAGUGUGUGGAAAACAUCUGGACUCUGACGAGAGUUUAAAAUUUCAUUUAAAGACCCACAGCGAGGAAAACGGCUGCUGGGAUCAAACUGAUGGCAAACAGUCAGAGACAGAGUGCUCUGAUGCUGAGAGUAGAGCGGGUGAGAGUGAUGAGGACUGGAAGAAAAGUGAAGGGAGUGAUAGUGAAGAGAGUGAUAAAGGGGACAGCAAACAAAAGUCAAAAAGAAAACAUAAAGGACACAAGAACAGGGAUUUAUCCCAUCAGAAAUACUGCUGUAAAGUAUGUGGAAAGUUUUUCUGCUACCGAGCCUCCUUCUUGAAGCAUGUCCAGGAAGAUGAGAGGGAUGCGGAUCUGUGUGGCAUGUGUGGGAAACAUUUUCAGACCAAGGAGAGCUUGAAGCUUCACUUGCAAACUUACAUCCGAACAAAUGACUGUGAAGUUUGUGGCAAACAUUUUGAAGGCCACAAACAGCUGGAGAUGCACAUGAGAACGCACACGGGAGAGAAACCCUUUGUCUGUACUGUCUGCGGGAAAGCUUUUGCUCAAAAUGGAAACCUGAUGGGACACAUGAGAGCCCACACGGGGGAGAAACCAUACGUUUGCAGCGUGUGCAGUCAGAGCUUUAGCUUUAAAGAAUACAUGAGGGCUCACAUGAGAAUCCACACAGGGGAGAAACCAUUUCUUUGCAGCGUGUGUGGGAAAGGUUUCAGGCAAAGGGGGACUCUGAAAACACACAUGAUGAUCCAUACAGGAGAGUCCACGCACCAAUGCAAGAUCUGUAACAAAAAGUUCUACAAAAGUGGAGCGCUGAAGAUCCACAUGAGGUCCCACACAGGAGAGAAGCCGUAUCUGUGUAACGUCUGUGGGAAAAGCUUCACUGCUGGAGGCUCGCUCACCAAACACAUGGGUGUGCACGAAGGAGAGCGCACACACCGCUGCAGCGCCUGUGGGAAAACAUUCCAGAGGAAAGACGAACUGAAGAGACAUGUAGAGACUCACAGGGAUGAAUCCAUCCAGCUGAUGAGUCUGUAAUUAGGUGCUACUUUUUAAUAUUCAUCAGGUCACAGGGAACCCUCUCAGGGGUAUGCUUAGACUUCAUUUGAGUAUUUGAGAUAAACAUGCACUUUUUCAGAAACUACAGGAUGUUACCUUUGAAAUAAUGUCUUACUUUGGGCUUAGAGUCCUUCUGUUUAUAAGAUUUCCAUUUGAGCAGGUGAAAAAUUCACACAUUCAUGUGAGUAAAGUAAACCUAAACCAACAAUGUUAGAAAAUAAGCUAAUGUGUUAUAUUUCUGAGAGUCAGGACAGAACGUUAAUAUCUUUUUGAUGCCAAGUGGAAGUGAUUACUGAAUUCUUUGAUUGACAGGUGAUUAAUCAGCAAAUUAAAGUGGACCCUUUAUGCUUUUCCUUGGUAACAUGGCCAAAGUUUCAAAUAAUGAGGUCAGCAUACAGGGCUUAACAAAUGUAUUAAACCAACUCUCAUUAAAAACAGAUUUCUAAAAUAUUUGUGUUCUUAUCAAAAAUAAAAUUAUAUUGUUGUUUAUUAGUUAAAUAAACUGGCACACUGGCCUUCUCUGAGAAGUCAGAAAUUAAUCAAGCAUAACGUUCACCCACUAAAACUAUUUUUUUUUUUUUCAGUUCAAGGAUGCAAGUAAAUAACUGUAAUUUGGCAUCUUGUUUUUGUAACACAGUAAAGAAAUUUUAGCUUUAAUAAUGUUAUUUUCAUUAAAGUGCUUGUACACACUGGUGUAUGAAACUUUACAGAAACAUAAAAAAACAAUUUUGAUAAUUACAAUACUGCAUACACCUUACAUUGGGUGGUGGUCUAAUAAAUUUAUUAAGCACUGUAAUAUAUUAAAAAAUUAAACCCUGUGAGCCUAAAAGCUCAAACUUAAAAGAAAAAAAAAUCUUUUUCAUUGGAUGUUUCUGAUCAUCUCUCAUUUGUGAGUCUUUGCUUCUUCAUAACCAGCCUGUUUGCCUUUUGAUGAAAUAAUUCUAUUUGUCAGGAUUAUGAUUUUUUUUAUAUUAAAGUUGCUGGUUUUCG